AGAAAAGCACCGGGAGAGAAGAGGCGAGGCAGUAGCAGCAUUUCUCUUCACACGCUUUUGUUUUUGGAAGAAUUUCUUUGACUUGUACAGGAGUCUCCUGAAGCAUUUGAACCACGUCCUUCCUUUGGAGAGAGAGGACAGUAAUUGAGGGGACAGCUUGCGCAGUAUUGACACGUCGAGGACUCUUCUUUCUUCUCUUCAGCCAAAAACCGCAAAACAUUUUGGACUCGGGAGGAGGAGGGCUUUUGAAUAAAGAGACCAAUGUUUAUCAGAUAAUUCAACUACAUUCUAAAUGAUAAUGCUGGACACCAACCAUUGCCUGUCCUUUGAACCCUCCCCCCCUGGCUCUCCUCCAAUGGGAGAUGACAUAGAGAAGGCAGGACUGGCGAUGGAUCAUGACAGACAUGUCUAUCACAGCUUGAAAGAAGUCCUCCAGCUCAAACUCCUGCAGAGACGCACACGAGAGGAACUGGUCAGCCAAGGGAUCAUGCCACCACUGAAGAGCCCGGCAGCCUUUCACGAACAGCGGAGGAGUCUGGAGCGAGCAAGGACCGAGGACUAUCUGAAGAGGAAGAUCAGGAGUCGACCUGAGCGCUCUGAACUGGUCAGGAUGCACAUUUUGGAGGAGACGUCUGCAGAGCCGUCCCUGCAGGCCAAGCAGCUGCAGCUGAAGCGGGCACGACUGGCCGACGACCUCAACGACAAAAUCUCCCACAGACCAGGUCCCAUCGAACUGGUUCACAAGAACAUCCUGUCGGUUACCUGCACUGUGCACUCACCACUGGCUGAAGGAGAGAGCUCGUCUUUAGAUGAAGACAGCAGCGACGCACUUUCCCCGGACCAGCUAACCAAUCACGACUCACCUGUGAGCGCCGUCCCUCAGUUGUCUCCACCUGACACGGUCACCCAGAACGGGGACAUUCCCCUCACACAGUUCCUGACUCAGCGGCCCCCUCCGCCUCCUCCGCCUCCUCCACCCCAGGUGAAUGGGUCAGACUCCUCUCCGUUCACAAAAUUAACAAACGGGACAACAGUGCCAGUGACCAUAACAAACUCCCGCCCUUCUACCGGACAGGUCAAGUCUCAGUCUAAGACGAGUUCAGACCGUCCUUCACACAGAUCCAAGAAAGCAAAGGACAGCAAGCCCAAGGUGAAGAAGCUGAAGUACCACCAGUACAUCCCUCCGGAUCAGAAAGCAGACAAAGAGCAGCCGCCUGCGAUGGACUCAUCUUACGCUAAGCUUCUUCAUCAGCAGCAGCUCUUCCUGCAGCUGCAGAUCCUCAACCAGCAACAGCAGCACUACAACUACCACACCAUCCUGCCUGCCCCUCCCAAGCCACUGACGGAGCAGCCUCCCACAACCACUUCCGGCCCUUCCCCCUCCCGCAGCGCUCCCACGACUACCACCCCCGCCACCUUCAAUCAGAGCGGGAGUGCCCGUCAGAGCCAAACUGCAGUGGGCGGAGCUAAACCAGUCAGUCUGCCUGCCAACCUGGAUGAGUUCAAGGUCGCUGAGCUGAAACAGGAAUUGAAACUGCGUGGUCUGACCGUCUCAGGCACCAAGAACGAUCUCAUUGAGCGGCUUCGCAACUACCAGGAGCAAAACGGCAGCAACGCGGCAGCUUUGAAAAAUGGCACAUCACAGCCCAGCCAUCAGGUCACGACCUCGGCUGCUGGCACUGUCACUUCCUCUCCCGCCAUAACAACCACACCUGAGCACCAACCAGAUGGAGGGUUUAGGUUAUCUCUAUCAUCCCUGGCUCAGGUGGUUCCAGGGCGGGUCAUGAGGUUUGGCAGCACCAGCUCCAGCCCUCCCGUGUCACCUUCUCCGUCUGAGAGGUCUUUGGCCGGGAUGAGUCCUGAUGAGACGAGCUGUAACGGGGACAUGUUCGGAGAGAUGGUGAGCUCUCCCCUUACCCAGCUCACCCUGCACCCGUCUCCCCAGCACCCAUCCAACGUCGCUCCGCUCUCCCAGUCUCUCUCCAACGUCAAAGAGGAGAUCCAGAGCUCCUGCAGCCUCUCUAGGCCAUCCCCCUCCUCAAGUCAGCCUCCAGAGCCUCAGCCUGGAGUUGCCAUGGACACCAUGGACAAAGACCAGAUGCUGCAGGAGAAGGACAAACAGAUUGAGGAGCUAACCAGGAUGCUGCGUCAGAAGCAGAGGCUGGUGGAGACGCUGCGGUCACAGCUGGAGCAGGGCAAGAUGUCGGGUGCAAUAGUGAUAGCAGGAGGGGACAAGAGCAAAACACCCAGAGAUGUUAAACUUCAAACUCUAAUAAAAGCCUCUGCCAUUCAGCCCCCUGUUUUCCCUAACGGCAUUGUGGUGAAGGUGAAGAAGGAGGUGGAGCCUGAAGAGCGGAUGGAGGGAGUGACAGAGGAGGAACAGGCGAAGAAACCAGAGCAGCCGAUGCAGUGCUCUCAGGAGACCCUCGUCCGGCUGCAGCAGAUCCACCGGCUGCAAGUCCAACAGGCCGAACAGCAGAAACAGACGCUGCAGCAGAGUCCCACACAGAAAGUAGCCGAGGCAAAGACAAGCCCUCAAAAGCUGCAACAGCAGAAGAAAGAAGCUCAAAUCCUGCUCCAUCAGCAGCAGCAACUGCAGCAGCUCAUCAUCCAGCAGACCCAACAGAAACAGCUGCAGGCCCAGCAGAAGUUAGUGCAGCAGAAACUCGCCCAGCAGAAGCUCAGUCAGCAGAAACUGCAGCUGCUCAAACAGACUCAAGGGCAGGUCCAGCAGAAGAACCAGGUCCAACUGAAGCAGGUUCAGGUGCAGAUCCAGAAGUCUCCGGGGAACCCAGUGCAGCAGAGGAAGCAGCUGAAGGCUCAGCACAGGAGGCAGCAGACUGCAGCAGUCACCACACAACAGGUGACCCCUGUCGUCAUCAACCAACAGAAUGGCACUCAGAUCCACACUCAGGCCAUUUCAUUAGAUCUCCUCAAGGCCAACGGUGCGCCAACACUCGUCACCGACAGCAAUGGAAACCACUACCUGAUCGCCCUCACCAGUAACACCCCAGAUGGUCAGAACGGCGUGUCCUCACUGGCCAAAACAAAUGGACGCAUCACACUGCAGAGAUUGCAGUCGACUCCGAGUAAACUGCCCAGCACUGAAAGCAAAUCAAAAGAGCAGCCAGAGGCGGAGCCUGUGAGCCAAGCAAACAAAAAGGGACAGAAGGCGGGGCUUCACCUGGACACCAAUGGUUCGCCCCAACCCAGCCUAUCAGCCACCGCUCCGCCCAACCUGCAGCCUUUCUUUGACGACGUGUCAGACAGUGAAAGCCAAAGCAGCUUACUGUCAUCUCUGAAGAGAGAGGAGGUGUGUCCGCCUUAUGACCGGCACACACUCUUCACCCCUCCCUCUCCCAAACCCAACACCUCCCUUCCUGCUCAACGCUCCAAACAGGAGAAUGGUGUGAACAGUCAGCAGAUGGAUGACCUGUUUGACAUCUUGCUGAAGAGUGGAGAAAUCUCCGGCUUCAAGUCCAACCCUGACCCCUCCCUCACCCCACUCUCUGACCCGCCUUCACCUGCUUCUCCCCCAUCCCCCCUCCAUCUCUCCCCUCCCACCCCCACACAGCCCCUCCUCUCCCCUCAGCCCUCUGUAGGCGAGCCCUGCACAGGCAGUGCCCGCCUGGAGGACUUCCUGGAGAGCACCACUGGCGCCCCGCUGCUGGGGGUGGAGCCUGACGGCGGCCUGACGCUGAUCGACGACCUCCACAGCCAGAUGCUGAGCACGCACAGCAUCCUGGACCACGCCCCUUCCCCCAUGGACACUUCCGACCUGGGCUUCUCCCCUCACUCUACGGGGCUGGACUUCGGUGACCCCACCUUGGACAGCAUGGACUGGCUUGAUAUCUCCAUGGUGGGAAGCAGCGGUGUAGGGAGCGGGGGCAGCGGAGGGGGGAGAGGAGGAAGAGGAGGGGAGGUCGCUGGUGACGGAGAUGGAGGGACGAGCCUGACCCCGCUGGCGCCACACACUCCACCCAGCGUCUUCUCGGCCGACUUUCUGGACAGCACGGACCUGCAGCUACACUGGGAGUCAUGUCUGUAGCCCUGCGCGAGGACUGACGGGCGCUGGCUCACACUGUGUACACGCUGCGUCUUUAUUUCAUGCACAUACUGAAACCUUUUCUAUGCUGUCUCUACCACUGCGGGGGUCACUGGCACAUGCAAACACGCACACAUUUACUCAGUUUUCCUUGUCUUUUACUUGCUGUUACUGAUCGCAGGAUGAGGUGAAAUAAGCAAAUGAAAUUCUAUGAGGAGCCAACAAGCAGACGGGUUAAAAUCCAGGCUGGUAAAAUCCCACUUCAUGUGUCCUGAGCUGCAUUUCAAGCAAGUAAAAGUAAACCAGCAGAACUGUAGGUCACUGUAAUACAAUUGUUCAACUCCUGGAGGCGGUUUGACGGAUAAGAGCUGAGGAUGGACCGUCAGUGACGUUCACUCAGGCUCUUUGAGAUAUCAGAGUGCGUGUGUCAGUGCCUCCUAAACUUUGCACUUAUGCUGAAUCUGAUUGGUUUAAAGGGUGUGUUCAGGUCACAAUCGUAAUGCUGCCUGGUGAGGCUGACUGAGAGUCACCAUGUAUUCUUUUGAUCAGCUGAGCUGUUGAUGGUGUGAAAUGGAAGGCAGCUGUCGGUGACCUCGUCGCCUCACCGCGGCAACCUGAACCCCGCCCACACUAGUCAAAAAAACACAACCAUCACUGGUUGACAGUUGCUAUUGGAAUGAACCAUAUCAUUGGCAACAGUUUGAAUUGAAGCCUCGUUGGAGGUUGUGUAUUAUUGGUAACAUUAUGGUAGGCCACUGUGUAUUGCUGUAUAUGGGGUGUAUAUUAUCAAUUGUCCAUAAGACUAUUUUUCUUUGCUGGUUGCUUUAGAGUCGAGCUCGCCGGCUGGGGAACAUAGGGUGAGGGCGGGGCUUCCAAAAUACUUGGACCUUGUCAUUUUUUAAAGAAAAAAAAGUUUAAAAAAAAAAAUAAAAACAUAUAAUAAAAAGUC